UAUAAAUUUUAAAUCGAAAUAAAAAAAAUAAAAAGAAGGGCUCGUCCGGGAUUUGAACCCGGGACCUCUCGCACCCUAAGCGAGAAUCAUACCCCUAGACCAACGAGCCGUAUGUUCGUAACGAUGUAAAUACAGGAUAUUUUGAUGGUACGGUAAUUACGUAUACCGACUAACACACUAAACACACGCAUAUACGCACAAGGCGUUAUCUAUAUUAUUAACUGUGCGAUAAUUCUCGGUGCGUGGCAUAUGUUCAACAUGGCGGGCCACAGUCAGCAAGACUUUAAUAGGAGUGCGUUGACGCUCGAUAGCGGACGGGUAAAUGCAUGGUAUACGGGGCAAAGAGCAGAAAAGAUUCCUAAUGGUUUGAUGAAAGUCAUUAAUCACAAUUGUCUCGGCUUGGAUUUAUCCUAUAACGAAUUGUCAACUCUUUCUGGUAUAAAGGAUUUUGAACAGCUUCAGGAAUUGAUCUUGGACAAUAACAAGCUCGACAAUCUCAAAUCGUUAUCUCAUAUGCCGACUUUGACCACUCUGAGUCUUAAUAAUAAUAAGAUAUUCAAUAUCGAUAAAGCCCUUGAUAGAAUACGAGAAUGUUGUCCCAACGUGGAGUACGUGAGUCUUCUGGGCAAUCCCGGUUGCCCUGAUCAAUUAACCAAUCCGACGUCUACCGAUGAAGAUGAUUACGAGCGUUACAGGCUAUACGCUAUCCACAUUUUACCUCCGAGUCUUCGCUUUCUGGACUCCCGAAGAGUCACUCAGCAGGAGAGAUCAAAUGCUAACACUCGCGGCAGAUAUUCGAAGACGAUCAAGCUCGUCCCGGAGUUGAUUCGCAAGUUCGUACCCAGUUCAACGCAAACCAAUAAUGAAUUCGAUGACAUAUACUUCAACAUCCAUUACACGCCCUUGCCGAAUUUGCCGCGCAAUCCACAGGAUCACAAAGGUGUAUAUGGUAAAUGUAAGUAUCGAUAUUCUGGCAAGAAUUCAGAAGGCAACAGGUUCAUCUCGAACAACGAUCUUUAAUCGAGAAUUGCAUAUAUAUUUCUAAGUGUGGCCUUUAAAAUAUUUUCUAGUCAGAUAUGAUUGAUAUUAAUGAAACAUUAUCAACACAAAAUUCUUUUCAUAGAUCUCGACAUUAAUAAAUUCCAUUGCCCGCGUCUAUUGCACGAUUAAUAUUGUAUUAUCAAUACUAAUAAUAUUAAAGACAUACAUAGAGGUUUACAUAUACUGUAGAAACAUA